UUUUCAUUUAGAAAUUUCGUAUCAUUUGACAAUUUGUCAACAAAAAACAAUGGGAACAAAGUAAUUUAGAUCUGUAAGUUUUUUUAAGACAGAAAGAAGAGAAUACUGAAAGAUUUAGAAAAUGGCAGCUGAUGUAUUAAGUAAUAUUACCACAAUGUAUAGUAACAUUACCACAAUACUUCCAGUGAUUACAACAGAGCCCUCAUGGAUUCCACUACAGACAACAGCAGCUUCACCACCAGAAGAGAUCCCAGAACUAUGGGGAUUUAUUACUGCAGGAAUUGCUAUUUUAUUUUUUGGCAGUAAUUUUGUUCCUGUUAAAAAAUAUGAAACUGGUGAUGGUAUGUUUUUCCAGUGGAUAGUAUGUAGUGCUGUAAUGGUGGUCGGUAUAAUUGUACAAUUAAUCAGAAAGCAGCCACCAUUCUUUCCUAUUGCUAUGAUUGGUGGUGUUGUUUGGGAAUUAGGAAAUGUUUGUGUGGUGCCUAUCGUCAAGACAAUUGGUUUAGGGCUAGGUAUAUGUAUUUGGGGAAUGGUUAACUUGCUGAGUGGUUGGUCCACAGGAAGAUUUGGCUUCUUUGGACUUAAGGAAUCUAUUCCUCAUAAUGAAGUAAUGAAUUAUAUUGGUGUUGGAAUGUGUGUAUUUAGUGCUAUUGUAUUUUCCUUUGUGAAGAAUGAGGUAACACCUAUAAACAACAUAGAGAGUGAACCUCUAAUUUCACAGAAAACAGACUUGAAUACCCAGGGAAGUGAUACAUUAUAUAGUUCUACAAACAACCAUGAUGUCUUAGUGUUUAGCAGGAGAAGGGGAAGCAGUACAAAUAUACAAGACAUGAAUGAAGAUGAUUCCUUUAUAGAUAGGAUGUCACCUGGUAAAAAAAGAGCUCUGGGAUUAAUACUAUGUUUAUUCUCUGGUGUGAUGUACGGGCAGAUGUUUACUGGUGCCACUUAUAUUCAGGACCAUCGAGGCGAUUUCCCAGGGGCUUCAUUAAAUGGUUUAGACUAUGUGUUUUCCUGUUUCUGUGGUAUAUAUUUAACCAGUACAACAUUUUUCUGCAUUUAUAUUGUUAUAAUGAAGAACAAACCAAAGAUUUACCCCAAAGUUAUACUGCCUGGCAUUGCCUCGGGCAUUAUGUGGGGCAUAGCAACCAGUUGUUGGUUUGUGGCUAAUAGGUCUUUGUCUAUACCAGUGGCAUUCCCUAUAGUAACAGCUGGUCCAUCUGUUGUAGCCUCAUUGUGGGGUGUUCUGGUAUUCAAAGAAAUCACGGGAAAGAGGAAUUUAUUGAUUUUAAUGUUUGGCUUCUCUAUAGCCAUUGGAGGAGCUGUAUUAGCAGGAGUAUCUAAAAACUGAGAACUUAUUGAGACACAAGAUGACAUUAUUAGUGCAAUAACAUAAUGAUAUACCAUAAUUAGUGCUUUAGAUGGUCUCCAUUAUUAAACCAAAUAAAACAUUGUACUGUGGAUUCAUCAAUAUUCGUUGGAUGCCAAUAUUUGUGUAUUUCGUGGAUACAGGGUAACCACAAAUUUAAAUAUUCAACGAAUUGCAAUUUUCUAAAGAAAUGUAUGCAGACUUUGUCAAAACCACGAAAUUAAAUAUCAAUGAAUAUGCAAGUUUUCCUAAAACCAGGAAAAUUGGUACCCACAAAAAUAAAUGAAUCCACAGUAGAUUUCAUAGUAUAAUUUAAGUGGGUUAAUACAUUUUAUGUUAUUUAUGAUACAUUUAUUUUCAUGACAAAAGAAUAAUUUAAGUGUCCAAGUGGUACACAUUUUCGGUGUAAAAUAAAAAUAUUUGAUAUGCCAGUGAUUAUAGUAGGAAUUUAUUUGUAAGAAUAUAAUUGUAAAUAUUUAGGAACAUUCCAUAUUUUGUGAUUAAAAUAUACGGCUAAGUAACAAAUAUUUAGCUUCCUAAUUCCUGAUGAUACUUGUUCAAAAUGGUCAGAUGAUAUUUAUUUUAACAGUUAUUAUAGCGCUAGAAUUUUUAUAUUUUUAAAAAUUUUAACCAGGUGAUUGAUAUUGAUUAUUAUAUGUACCCGCAUUUUUCAUAUAAAGUAAAAAAUGGCACUUCAUAUUUUGAUAUUAUAAUCACGAAUACUUUAAUGCUUUUAUAUAAGUCUGUGAUACCAUUUUUUUUUUUGUUCAUGUCUCUUUAUAUUCUACAUAUUUAGUGUAUGUGUGUUGUAUUUUUCUCUUUCAAUCAAAUUCAUGUAGCAACUUGAUUUUUCCUAAACGAUAUUAUCUUCUCUUAGUUACAAUAUUUCUGACAUUUCACUGCAUUUAUACUCAUUUGUUAAAAAUAUUAAUUGGGGCCAUAUAUCUUCUUUUGUUCAUCUUACAUACAUGUUAGAAAACAAUGUUAUAUGAUUAUCUAUGUUUAUAUUUUGAGAUUAUACUAUAAUACUUAAGAGAUAACUGUAUUGUAUUUGAAGCUUUAAGGACGUCCAUCGGUAGUUUAACUGUCGCAAAUUUAGUUUACCUGGCGACGCGGAGCGGAGACAGGUAAACGGGUAUUUGCGACAGUAAAACUACCGAUGGACGUCCGAAAAGCUUCAAAUACAAUACAGUUAUCUCUAUUCUAAUGCAGAACAAGUUUAUAAUUAAAUUUCAAUCAUUAUUUCAGUGUAAAAUCUUCAUAAAAGAAAAUUCCGCGAAAAGAUGUUAUCUUCUUUGGUCUCUACACUAGGUGACGUCAUAGGUAUGUUUCCGGCGUGAAACGUAAACACCGGGCGUUUUCUGGCUUCUGUGCCGCUUCAGAAUGUAAUAAAAUUUGAUAAAAAGAAGAUUUUUAGGCGCAACAAGUAGGUUUUUUGUUUAUUAUUGUAGAAAUAACAUGUCAAUAUAUUCCGAAAUUCAAAAUGUCGGCUUCCUUAGUUACAGACAAGGAGAUAGAGAAUUUUACGCUUGCUGUCAUCCAAUCAGAACAAUUGUUACAAAAUAAUUGCAUUAGAAUUAUUAUUACAUACAUAUUAUGCACUGUAAAUUGAGAUUUCCUUAUGAUAUUUAUAAUUAUCUCCAGCACAUAGUGUUGAUAUGGUAAUGGUGUUAUUUUGAUGAAACUCUUUUUAAGGGAGUUAUUAGACUUUGACAUUUUAUACUUUUGUUAGUUUUGUACCUAAUGACUCUUUGUGAAUUGAACUCCUUUGACAGCAUUUGAUGUCACAGGAAGCUUUCUAACUUUAUAGGUUGUUUUGACAUCAUGUGUUGUUGACUAUAUUGUAUUGAUAUUUUGAUUGGAAUAUUUUUAUGGGAGUUAUGGAAAGAUUACUAUAUUUAUGACACAUUUAGACACACAACAAGUAUCAAUUCCCCUAUGAAUAGAGGACAAGACAUUUAGAGACAGCAAAGUAAUCUUGGAGUUUCUCAAAAUAUGACAGUCCUUUUAUUGGGUUAAUUUAAUAGCACUCAGGUUUAAAUUUUGAGGACAUUAUUACAUGCAGAAUUAUAUUGUCUCCAGUAGGGCCUGUUUACCUUUGCAAUGACAUGAUUUUUUUCUUUAGUCCAUUUGUUUUUAUUAUCUACAUGUUCUUCAUUAGUGUCAAUGCUUAUACAUAUUCAUAUACCAUUGUAAAAAUUACAUAAAGAUAAACUGAUGUCAAUCAGUGAUGAGCUUACUUGCUUGGGAUUAAUGUAUUAAAAUGAAUGUAGGACAGAAAGUCACAGGACAAAAAGUCACAGACAAAAGGUCAUGAACAAAAAGUCACAAUUCAGUUUUGAGAUUAUUUUUCUUUGAAUAUUGAAAUACUAAUUUUGAAAAAAAAAAAAUUUUUUUUUUAUGAAUUAUCAUAUAUAAAGCUCUUUUUUAAUUAAAAUGUAUUCAAUAAAUAUUAACUAUGACCAAAUGAUUGUUAUAAAAACAAAAUGUCAAAGUGCUUGGUACUUAAAUGGCUUCCUUGUGCCAAAAAAUGUAUCAUUUGCAUGAUUACAAUUGAAUAAAUUUUCAUUUAUCAAGGCAUAUGAACUAUAUGCUAAACUUAGAAAUAUGUAUAUCUGAUAAAAACAAAAUAUUCCAAGAUCUUUCUUUUACAUAUUCAACAAUGGUAAAAUUUGUGACUUUAUGUCCUUGCGACUUUUUGUCCUGUGACUUUCUGUCCGUUUAACGGUUAAAAUGACUAUCUAAUUUGUGGAAUCAAAUUUUUCUACAGGUUUCUACUCAAAUCCUUCAAAUUUCACCUAACGAUUGAUCAUAUAUUGAUGUUGUGCACCAGCUAUUAUGGUAUUGUUUGAUAAAUAUAUUUUUCAUCUUCAUGAUUUGUGAGCUAAGUAAUUUUUCAUUUACAUUAUUUCUAUAUAUUUAAAUGUUCAUCAUACAUCAUGUGGCCCAUUGUUAAAGAAACAUUCCAUGCAGUCUGUGCAUUUGACUCUUUGUUCCACUUCAAUUAGAUUACACAUGGGACUUAUUUUAAGAUUUAUUUUAAACACAAAACUGUAUAUGAACCUUAAUUAAGGAAAAUAGGUCCAAGUUUAUCAUUUCUUAAUGAUGUUGUAUCAACAAAUUCUCACAUCUACUGUAAGAAAGCUUGAUGUAUGCUGAAUAUGGAUAUCAUUCCUGAUUACACUCAUACAUUAUAUUUCAUGUUACAAGUGUUCUAUUUAGAGUAGAUUUCACACAGCUGCAUCUUGAGUAAUCAAAGAAGAGAGACACUUUUACAAUGCUCAAAGUAUAUUUGUUUGUUUAAGUAAAUAGAAAUGAUGAAGGUUAUUAUGCUAAAAAGCAAACACACUCAUGUAUGAUAUAUUUUCUUAGUUUUGUUAAAAUAAUAAAACUAGAGAACUAUUUUAUAUUUAAAGCAAAUUACUGUACAAAUUAUACCUCUGCAUGAUCUAUGUUUAUUUUAGAUUAAAAUUUAUUUUCUGGAUUAAAGUAACAGCUAUAUGAUUAAAAUAAAACAGGUAAUGAGUUCUUUGCCAGUAUUAAAAACAAGGUUGUAUUUAUUUUAUAUUGUUUCAAUGAGAUUAAUAAUUGUAUGUUGAUGAAGCGUUAUAUAUAAUUGAAGUGUUAAAAUAUCAUUUAGGAAAAUAUUUAUAGUUUAUAUUUGCAUUAAAUAUAGUUGAAGAAAA